AUGGAGAAGCGCCUGGCGUCUUUGCAGGAGGAGGUCGUCAAGCUGCGAGGUGCCUCCAUCGCGCACUCUGCGCUCUCCGACGACUUGAAGAAAGGUCUUGAGGCCGAAUCGAGCGAGCGCAGGCGACUGCGAGAUGUGUUGCACGACCUCCUCCGGAUCACCGAGAGCUUGUCUGAAGGGGUCCAGUUCAGGAGGCAUGUCCUCCUGGAAGAGGAGAUGGAGCUGUUAUCGGCGAGGCUCGAAGACCGGCAGCCUGCGAGGACGGCGCCCUCCCAGGUCACGGUGCUGCGUUUGGCUGCGGCGGGUGAUGUGGCUGAGCUGGAGCAGGCGCUGGAGGAUAUGGACGGGGUCAGUGUCAACGGAAGCAGCUGCCGCGGGAAGACCCCAGUGAUGUAUGCGGCAUCUGCUGGGCGUGUAGAGGCAGUCGCCUCCCUUCUUGGCCGCCGUGCCAGCGUCGGGUCCGCUGAUGCCUUCGGACGCGGGGCGAUGCACUUCGCGGCAGCAAGGCUCGGCGCCAGCGAUGCGGAGCAGGCUAAGAUGGUGAACAGGCUGCUGAAAGCGGGCGCCAGCGUGAAGCAGGUCGACACCAGUGGCGCCUCUGCGUUGACCUAUGCGGAGAGGUGGGGGCAAAAGAUGACAGCAUCGCUGCUGCGCGAGGCGGGCGCACCACAGAUGAGGGAUCCGGAGGUAUUGCUGCUGAAGAGCCGGCGCCAUGAGGAAGAUCCUGCGAUCAGCUUCAAGGCGGCCCCUCCGGCUGCAGUGUCCAUUGCGGCAUUUGAGGCCGCUCCGGAAGCCUCGCCUCGCGUCUCGCGCCGUGCUUCUGAGGUGGAUGGCUAG